ACUUGUUCAAAGUGUUCUCUCUCUCUCUCUCUCUCUCUCUCUCUCUCUCUCUCUCUGUGUGUUGCUCAAUCUGACAUCACCACCUGCAUGAACAGACGGUAAAGAAGAUUAAAGCGGAUAAAGUUCUUACACUCAACACACCAAUGAGACAUGUACAAUGGAUUCUCCAUCAUCACAGACAUCAGAAACUAUUUUAUGACUUAACUCUGAAGUGCUGUGAGGUACAAUAUCAACAUUGAUCAUUCUAAACAAGUUUUUUUUAUAUAUGUCUUAUGUGUUUUACCUAAAUAUAACUCUGAGGUGUCUCAUAAAAAUAUAUAGUUCUAAUAUUAUAUGGAUUGUUUCUCUGCUUAUACACAUGACAAUGCAUCUUCAAAAGAAUUUAAUUAUUCUUUGACGUCAGAUUUUUCUCGGAUUUCCUCCAAUUUGGUACUUGAAAAAAGAUAUGUGGACGUUAUACAUACAACAAAAACAAAGUAUGCAUGUGACUGUCCAUUAAAAAAAAUGAAAAGAAUUUUCGUAAUUAUUGCAGGUGCUGUCAUCCUCUUUUAAUAGUCUAUAAAUUAUUUAUAUCGCAUCACACGAGCUUGGACGUCAGAUGUGACGAGACGCUCCAGUACACUAGAUGGCGCUAUUUAAUAUAGUUCGCAACCGGAAAACAAGGAACUGAUCACUUUUGCUGAUUUGCAAACAGAUUUGGCGUGUUUUUGUGUAAUCGCAAACCACUUUAAAACGUAUUUUUGCCAACGGAUCGAAAGAAGACACUGGCAGUACUUUUUUGUUCUACAUUGCUCAUGUUUCACGCUCGUGUAUUUUCUUGUAUUUUUAUCAGCUGGAAUACAACCUGGGAAUAAAAUUGUACAAUGUCCACUGUGCCGAGUUACCUCUAAUAGGAUGAUAAAAAGUCAAGAACAAGAUGAAUUUAUUGCCGUGAGGGUUCAGGAUCCUCGGCUUCAGAAUGAAGGAUCUUGGAACUCAUAUGUGGACUUCAAAAUUUUCCUUCAUACAAACAGCAAAGCGUUCACUGCGAAAACAUCCUGUGUGAGGCGGCGAUACAGCGAGUUUGUGUGGUUGAAGAGAAAACUACAAAAGAAUGCUGGUCUUGUGCCUGUUCCCGAUCUGCCCAAAAAAUCCUUCUUUUCAUUUAUAAAUGAUGACUUCAUUGAAAGGAGAAGAAAAGGUCUACAGAGCUUCCUGGACAAGCUUCUGCACAUGACAGUAUGCCUGUCUGACAGCCAACUCCAUCUCUUCCUGCAGACUCAGCUUCCUAUCAAGCACAUUGAGGAUUGUGUGCAAGGCCACACCCCCUACACCGUGACCGAGGCCAUUCUGACUUACGCUUCCUCCAACCGUGGAUGGGCACAGGAGGAGGGGGUCGGGGGGCAAGAGUUAUGGACGGCCCCUGUCACAUAUGAAUCCACUGAGAGCCCUGCUCCUCACCUACCCACGUCCACUAGAUUAGAGCCUCCGAGUGAAUUUACGGAUGCUUCAGAUCUAGAAACAGUGCUAAUACCGAGUGAUACAGAACAGGCUGGAUCUGAUUCAAAGGAGGAAAGUGACCAUGAACACAUGAUUCAAGAGAGAGAAAGCACCAUUAAUGUAGUGGUUAUUGCUGAAAGUGGUAAAUCCAAAAAGACACAAAGGCUUGAUGGGAAAGAUCUACAAAGGGAUGGACAUGAAUACCAUGUCACACAGAGUGAUGAACCGCAAGGAGAUCUAGAUUGUCUAGAUAAAGCUGAACAAGAAAUAUAUGCUGGCAGUGACAUUGAAAGAAGGACCAUUGAUGGUACCAGCGAAGAAGAAAAGGGACAGUGUGAACGCAUUGGAAAGGAUCUUGUUAAAGCCGAAGAUCAAACUUAUAAAGAUGUUGCACUUGAUGGAACCUGUGUUUCUGAGGAGAACAUCCCAGAUGCUAAACACCAAGAACAUAGUGAGGCUGAGAUGACCGAUGAGAGUGAAAUCGGUGAUGAAGAGAAAGUGAAUGAAAACGGCCGCACACAUUCAGAGAUCAACGAAACGUGUCUUUCCCCCUCUGAGUGCAGUGAGGAUGAUGUCGGUGCGGUGAACGAGAUCAAUGCAAAAAAUGAUCAAUUCGGCAGCGCCGUUUUGAUACUUGAGGGAAGUGAGGAAGCUCUGGUCACGCAAACUGCUCCAAUGACACUGACUGUGCAAAAUGUGGACAAGUAUGAUGACAGGAACCUCGAUGCAAAUACUGCCGAUGUCAGCCCACUUGUUUUACAAGCCAUAGAGGUUGAUUCAGUGCAAUGUCUGGAAAAGGAUUGUCAUAUGAUAAUCGCUUCCCAAGAACCCAACGUAAAGUAAUUCCAAAUAGCAAGUAUUCGGAGACACUGUAAGCACAAAAUAUUGAAUAACAUACAGCUGAACACAUCGUCACCUGUUUUCACUUAGAUUGAUUGUUGACAUGUUUGUUUAUAGACUGUUUUACAGAAGAUAAAACGAAUGACAGACAGGCUGUAGUUUUCUCUUAUAAUGUGAAUGUGAAUGAAAAGGUAGCAAAGAUAAUGCACUGUGCCAUUCGCAGUCGUGCAACAAAUACUUAAAGGAACAGUUCACCCAAAAAUGAAAAUUCUGUCAUGAAUUACAUUCUCUCUAGUUGAUUCUGGUUGAACACAGACAAAGAUUUGGACAAAUCCUUGUAACCAAACAGUUCUUGGACCACUGACUACCAUAGUCAAAAGUGCCACAGAACUGUUUGCUGUCCUAGAUUCUUCAAAAUAUAUUGUACCGUUUUCAACAGGAAGAUAUUUUCCCUACUAUGGUGGUCAAUGGGGUGACCAAGAACUGUUUGGUUAUAUGCAUUCUUCCAAAUAUCUUUCUCUGUGUUCAUCAGAGCAAAGAAAUGUAUACAGAUUUGGAAUAAUUCGAAGGUGAGUAAAUGAUGACAGAAUUUUUAUUUUUGGGUGAACUAUCCCAUGAAGACCAAUAUAAGUUGGGAGGGAACGGUGUAAAGGGCGAAGUGCAUAACCAUGGAAAACUGAUUACAUUUACAUUAUUGUGAAGUAUGAUUUUAGCAUCUCCCCAAAGAGAUCUGCUGACAUGCGUCGACAUGUGUAUGUUUUGCAUUUUCAAAUUCCAGUUGUAGAUGACUUGUUAUUUUCUUAGGCACUUCCCUUUUUCUAUGUAAAACAUGUUACUCACUCUGUUGGAACUUUGGGUUAUUAACCUUUUAGAACCAGUGUGGUUUUCAAAUUGAUGCUGGAUAUUUCUUUGAAUUUACAGUAAUUUGUGGACAAAACACUAAUUUUAAUAGAUUCAUUUUUUUCCUGAGCUAUGAAAUGACUGUUGCACUAAGUCUGUUUGUUGUUGCUCACUGACUGCCCAUCUAUUUAUAUUCUGCUGUGAUAUUGUUUUACAUUGGCUGCUACCAACACUCCUACAGAAAUAUAAACUUUCACUAUUAAGGAACUUGCUUGAAAUUUAACAGUAAAGGGAACUGCUUUAUGUACUUUAAAUACUUCUGUUUAUAUAUCUUUAAGUUAAAAAAAAUAUUUUUUCAAACCGGAAACGAAAUUAGAAGAUUACAAACGCACAUUAAUAUUGCAAUUUCAAAGCACCCUAUGUAGAAUUUUGUUUUUAUUUCAAACAAAAUGAAACUUUGUUUUGUUAAUACUUGGUUGUAGAGGAAAUUAAUAUUUUAAUUGAAUCCAGAAACAUGUUUGUUUUGUAUGUCUGUGUGGAUUUUUCAGUGUGCAAACUAACAACAAUGAAAUAAAGAGAAACAGAAUGAGAAAUAUA